AAGUUUACUUUCGUUUUACCAGAAAAGAAACACAGGGCUUGGAUUCAUUGGAGAGCGACCAGGCUUUUAAAAAUGUCAGUAUCUGAGAACAACUUAAUCAAUGAGAAUCUAAUCGAAAGCUUUCGGCCGAGGCUCCGAGCGUACGUCGCAGUGGAGCCAGUUUUGGACUAUCUGCAUUUUCUCGAACCGGAGCAAAAAGAAGACAUCCGACAUAGGGCCCGCAAGGAUGGCAACUCGGCGGCGGUGGACGUCCUGAUCGGCGCCGUGCUCCGCAAACCGCACCCGGCAGGCUGGUUCCAGGCCUUCGUGGACGCCUUGUCCCACGCCGAAUGCUCACAUGCGGCCGACGUCAUGCGGGGAAAGCUGCCUGACGCCGCGGUGGAAGCCGAAAAUGACAUCUGUAUGCGAAUGAUUGACAUCCUUGUGCCCAGUCUGGUGUGCAUGGACACUAAAGAGGUGUGCACGAUGUGUUAUGCGAGAGAGCUCAUCCCCAAGUACGACCAAGACCAAAUCCUUCACUUAGCAGCCAAUAAAGGACAGAGAGACGCAGCUCGUGAACUUCUGAAAAUAAUCGUGAGGUGUCCCCCGGGAUGGUACUCGCAAUUUGUCCAAAUUCUGCGCGAUACUGAACACAAUGAUUUGUACAAACUGAUGGGAGGCUUCUCUGACGAUACCGCAGCCAAGACUACAACAAGUGAGCCAGGGAAGGCCAAUCCAGAAAGUUCUACAUGUCAGCGUUUGGACGACAAGGACACUGAGGAUGACGUCAUAGACUUGUACCAAAGUGAAGAAGCAAGUGAAGGUGAAGAAGCCGCACCCAAGUUAAGCAGGAGUUUAGAGCGUUUGCCACCAGUUAAUGGAGACCUGGAUAAAGAUGACAUUGAGCUUCGAGACUAUCAAAUGGACGUGGCUAAACCUGCCUUGGAAGGGAAAAACAUCAUCAUAUGCCUCCCGACCGGAAGUGGUAAAACCAGGAUAGCGGUCUACAUUACCCGCAAGCAUCUGGACCGCAAGAGGGCAGAGGGGAAAACUGGCAAAGUGGUCCUUCUGGUCAAUAUGGUUCCACUUGUUGAGCAGCACUACACCAACGAAUUCCAUCCCUUUCUGAAGCACGUGUAUAAAGUGGAAAGAGUCAGUGGGCAAUCUAUGCACAAAAUCUCUUUCACGGAGAUUGUGAAGAACAACGACGUCAUCAUUUGCACAGCCCAGAUUCUGGAAAACUACUUGGAGAAGACGCUCAAAGGAGAGGACGAGGGAGUGCAUCUGAAGGAUAUCUCCCUGAUUAUAAUAGACGAGUGUCAUCACACCAAGAAGGACGAGGUCUACAACCGAGUGAUGAUGCGUUACCUGAAGCAGAAGAACAAGAACAGGAUUAUGCUGAAAGAGCAGAAGGAGAUUGUGCCGCUGCCUCAGAUCCUGGGCAUGACGGCCUCGCUGGGGGUCGGCGACGCAACAGUACUGAAGGCAGCGGAGGAUUACAUUUUGCAGAUUUGUGCCAAUCUGGAUGCUUCUCAAAUCUGGACUGGGAAUCUCGGGAAUUACAGCAAGGAACCUGACAAAAAAAUUGUACACGUUGAGGACAAAGAAAAGGACCCGUUUGGUGAUGUCAUCAAGAAAAUCAUGAACGUGAUUCAAAUGCAUGCCGAGCUGAGUCCCACCUGUGAGCUUGGCUCUCAGAGCUACGAACAGUGGGUGGUUCAACGCGAGCAACAAGCGGCCAAAGAGGAAGAUCAGAAAGUACGAGUUUGCAUGGAGCAUCUUCGGCGAUACAACGACGCCCUGAUAGUCAGCAACACUAUCCGCAUGUGCGAUGCCUUCCGUUUCCUGAACAAAAAGCAUGAGGAAGAGUUGAAGAGUAAAUCCAGCCCUGAUGAUGAACACGUCAUAAAAAUUAGCGAUACUGAGAGAGAACUCUUCAAGUUAUUCCGAGAAAACAAGAAGGAACUUGAAAAGCUUUCUGAGAACCAAUCUUAUGAAAAUGACAGCUUGUCACAACUACAAAAAAGCGUUCUGUAUCAGUUCACCACCACCGAGGAUGCCAGGGGAAUCGUUUUCACCAAAAUGCGACAAAGCGCCAUCGCUCUCAGUCACUGGAUUCAGGAGAAUCCCAAAUUUGCCGACGUCGGCGUCAAAGUGUCCUACGUCAUCGGCGGCGGAAACCAGAGUGUUGUCAAACCGAUGACAUCUACAGAACAGAAGGCUGUGUUGAACAAAUUCCGCAGCGGUGAUGUCAACUUGCUGAUCGCCACCUCGGUGGCACAGGAAGGUUUGGACAUACCGGAUUGCAACUUUGUCAUCCGCUAUGGCUGUGUGACCAAUGACAUUGCCAUGAUACAGGCUAAAGGCAGAGCUCGGGCUCAGAACAGCAAUUACAUCGUGAUUGAGGUGAAAGGCUCUGGAGUGACUGAGAGGGAAUCUGUCAAUGACUACCGAGUGAAUUUGAUGAGCAAAGCAAUCACGAGAAUCCAAGCAAUGGAUCCUGCUGAAUAUAACAAACAGAUCGGAGAAUAUCAAAUGCAGGCUCUUCUUGAAGACAAGAUGAGAAUGACAAAUAAUAAGAAACAUAAAAAGCUUGCGCUUCCGUCAGAGGUGAAGUUAAGCUGCCGACAUUGCAGCAAGAUUGUCUGCACCGGUGAUGACAUCCAAAUCAUUAAAGGCAUGCACCAUGUCAACGUUUCAUCACAAUUUAGGGAACUAUUUAUCCAGAAAGGAAACACUUCUCUUCAGGAACCUUUUGACUAUGAAACCAAUGGCACCAUAGCAUGCAAAGAUUGUGGACAGAAAUGGGGAACAAUGAUGAUGUACCGAGCAAUCGAGUGCCCCUGCCUACAUGUGAAGAAUUUUGUUGUGACAAUCAAAGAGAAGAAGUUCAGCAAUUACACCAAGUGGCGGGAUCUCCCCGCCAAGUUCCCGGCGUUCGACUACACCGAGCACGCCAGCUGCUUGGCUCUGGAUUCUGACGAAGAAUUUGAAUCUUGAACAGUUUGCACAUUUUCGGUCGUGAAACAAUACACUAAUCAAACUGUUAGAUGGGAUUCCUUAGUGCGGCUUGCUUUUGUUUGCAUUUGAUAAGCGUAAGAAGAAAAACAUUGGAAGAUGCUGGCUCUAAUUAGGAAAAUUUGAGAGGUCGCACGAGCAGUGAGAAUAUAGCAAAACCUUCUCCAUUGCCAGGUUUGGUACGCACGGAUUUUUUUUUUUAUAAUUCUAACUAACUGUCAUAUUUGGGGUGUAAUUACACUCCUGACCAUUAGAUGGCGGCACACAAAAUACUCUGAGGAAUGUCAAUUUAGAAGAACAAGAAGUUAUACGCACAGCCUAGUUUUGAUUGAAAAUGAUUGAAUGCCAUCCUCUGUAAUCCUGCUUUUUACACCUACAGAAAAUGGCUUUUUAAAUGUAUAGGAAGAGAUGAUUCAGGUAAACAAGCGCAAGUUCCCCAGAGCUUGUUUACCUGCUGGCUUGUUGGUUGAGUAGCAGCACCUGGGUUUACAAGCAAACUUAGGCAGGGUUUUUACUUACUGGACUUGGAUUUGACACCCCUGAUAGUGUCAGAUGAUAAAUUUGUUCGUUUGGAGGAGGAACAAAACAUGAUUUGUUUACUGUAAACACAAGAAUUGGUACAAUGUUAAAAUUUUAAAUGUGAUCCCAUUACUUUUGAUCUUUUUUUUACCUUCCCAAAAAAUUUGAUUCCUAUUUGAAAAUUGUUUUAAAAAAUCCAUUACCUAGGGAUUGUGUAUUUCGUGUAUUUUCACAUGGAGUUAUUGCGAUGAAAGGGCCCCCCCCUCCCUUUAUUUAUUGAAUUUAAAGAGUAGAAUCACUGUUCAAACAAGUAUGGCUUCCAUUCUGAGCAUGGAUUAUUCUCACUGGUGUUGCGGGCGGGCUGAUUUUAACAGAACAUUGAUUUCCACUACUGUAUUUGUCGAUUCCCUGUUAAAUGAGAGAAUUGCCUUUUAAUAACAGCUAUACUUUUUUCCCAUUGCAUUUAAGCACUUUUUCCCCCCCAUUGUCACUAUUACUUUUGAAGCUGCAUGACUUUCCUUGGGCAAAUAAAUGGCUACUUCUA